GGUUUGGGCGGGGUUCCGCUAGCUUUGGUCCCCGGUAACUGGUUUAGUUGCGACAGUGUGGUCAGGUGCCGGGCAGCGAGAGAGAACUGACUGGUCUCUUGAACCGAAUUGGAAUUGACUCCCGCGAUGGGUCCGGUCUGCCGCGUCUUUACCCUCUUGGUGUUGGGCAACUGUUGGGCAGUGUUGGUCGUGCGUUCAACCACAACUACCAGAUCUUCCUCGGAAAUCUCCACCACAAGAGCUACAAGUACAGCUGUCACUGGCUCCCUCUCCGCAAGUGCUGCAUCAGAGAAUGCGACUGUCUCAUCUGUAAUGUCGUCACCCUUGCAGAACAGCAUUUCUUCAUCCUCAGAAAAUGCAACAACUAUCUCUGCAGCACCAUCCCCAGCAGCGUCGCUCACAAUGGUGAAUGCAAUGAGUUCCCCUACAACGCUGCCCUCAGCGGAGAGUGUGUCUGUUACCUCAGAGAAUGCAAUGAAUCGCUCUACAACAUCGUCUACAGUGCAAAGUAUGACUGUUACCUCAGGUAAUGCGACGACUCCCACGAUGACACCGUCUGCAAUGGGGAACGGGACUGUUACUUCUGAGAAUACGGGUCCCACGAUGACACCAUCUGCAAUGGGGAACGGGACUGUUACUUCUGAGAAUACGGGUCCCACGAUGACACCGUCUGCAAUGGGGAACGGGACUGUUACUUCUGAGAAUACGGGUCCCACGAUGACACCGUCUGCAACGGGGAACGGGACUGUUACUUCUGAGAAUACGGGUCCCACGAUGACACCGUCUGCAACGGGGAACGGGACUGUUACUUCUGAGAAUACGGGUCCCACGAUGACACCGUCUGCAACGGGGAACGGGACUGUUACUUCUGAGAAUACGGGUCCCACGAUGACACCGUCUGCAACGGGGAACGGGACUGUUACUUCUGAGAAUACGGGUCCCACGAUGACACCGUCUGCAACGGGGAACGGGACUGUUACUUCUGAGAAUACGGGUCCCACGAUGACACCGUCUGCAACGGGGAACGGGACUGUUACUUCUGAGAAUACGGGUCCCACGAUGACACCGUCUGCAACGGGGAACGGGACUGUUACUUCUGAGAAUACGGAAUACGGGUCCCACGAUGACACCGUCUGCAACGGGGAACGGGACUGUUACUUCUGA